AAAAAUGUUUUGCCUGUGAGAGUUCAUCUUAUUUUAGAACUCGUCCUUGCAACAAGAAAUAACCUGGUGUCGACUGCUCUGCUGAUCAGAAGGUCACAGCCACAAUGAAAAAUACACUACACUGAGAGAGCUACGACAAUAACCUCUGUCAAUCAAAAGCUCCUCCAAUUGAAGAACUCUCCCUUAAGUUUGCGUCGAAGCAACACAAUGGCAGCACCAGCUUUUGCAUCUGAACUCAGGAUUGUGGUGUUUGGAAAGGAAUUUCAUGAACAGACAACACUUAGUAACUUCAUCACAAGGGAAAAAGACUCUCCUUAUCUGAACAAGCAAAAGCAAUGUAAAGUUAGCUAUGGAGAACGGAGGGGGGAAAAACUAACAGUAGUGAAAACCUCAGAUGUCUUCAGUCUGCCUGUGGAUAAAAUAAGACAUGAGAUGAAAAAGUGUGUGGCUCUUUGCACCCCAGGACCAAAUAUCUUACUUCUAUUACUAAAGCCUUCUGAUUUCAAUGAAGAGGACAGACAAAUAUUGAAGUUCAUCCUCAAUUUCUAUGGUCAAGAUGCUUUUAAAUACUCAAUGGUUAUCCAAACUGAAAAUGGGGAGGUACAGAAUGCAUCUCUAAACAAAGUAAUCCGAGACUGCAGACAACGGCAGCAAAGCAUCGACUUUGAAAAAAAAGCUUUUACUGACAACGAUUAUCAAGCACUGAUCAAACAGAUGGAAAAGAUAGUGAGUGACAACAAAGGGGGAUAUCUAAACUUUACUGAAGAUGAUCCCAGGACAACAUCUUUAACUUCCGAUCCCUUCCUAAACUUGGUGUUGUGUGGGAGAUUUGGAGACCUAAAGAGUAUAGUGGCGAAUGCCAUUCUUGGAGAAAGUAUGUUUUGUCCACCUUCUGACUCAUCGGAGUGUGUUAAACACCAGGGCGAGGUGUUUGGACGCUGGGUGUCCCUGGUACAGCUGCCUGCCUUGUACAGAAAAUCGCAGGAAGAAGUGAUGAAGGAAUCAUUCAGGUGUAUCUCCCACUGUGGCCCUGAGGGUGUCCAUGCCUUCAUCCUGGUCCUACCUGUGGGUCCCCUUACUGAUGAAGACAAGGGAGAGUUAGAGACCAUCCAGAACACAUUCAGCUCUCGAGUCAAUGAUAACACCAUGAUUCUGUUCACAGUCAAGACAGAUCACAAUUCUCCAUCUGUUGCAAGAUUUAUGAAAGAGAACACGCACAUCCGGGAACUCUGUCAGAGCUGUGGAGACCGAUAUGUUGUCUUCGACCUCAGUGACAAGCAGCAGGUUUUCAAUGUGUUGCACACUGUGGAAAAGAUGAGAGCUGGGAAAUCCAAAGGCUUCACAAAGAAAAUGAUGGCCAAGCCCAGGGCGAAGACGGCUGACUAUAAACGGAAGAGCAGUGAAUACCUCAGGAUGGUGCUCAUUGGGAAAACCGGUUGUGGAAAGAGCGCAGCAGCAAACACUAUUCUUGGCAGAGAAUGCUUCAAAACUAAAGCAAGCGCAAAGUCAGUGACCGAGUUUUGCCAAAAAGAAACAGGAGAGAUUGAUGGACUGCCCGUUGUAAUAGUCGACACCCCUGGCUUGUAUGACACAACUCUGACCCAUGAACAAGUCAAACAGGAGCUCGCAAAAUGCAUCAGCAUGUUGUCUCCUGGACCCCAUGUGUUCUUACUGGUGCUGGAGAUUGGCCGCUUUACACAGGAGGAGAAGGAUAGUGUGCAUCUGAUCAAAGAAUUCUUUGGCGAGAAGUCAGGAGACUACAUCAUCGUUUUAUUCACCAGAGGAGAUGAACUGAAUGACCAAACAAUUGAGAGUUACCUAAAAGAAGACGACGAGGAAGAGUUAUUAAAACUGAUAACUGAAUGUGGAGGAAGAUACCUGGUCUUCGAUAACAACAAUCUGAAAAAUCGUACUCAGGUGAGCCAGCUUCUGACCCAAGUUGAGUCAAUGAUAAGGAAGAAUAGUGAAAGUUGCUACACCUCUGAGAUGUUCCAAGAAUCUGAGGUGGCCAUACAAAAGGAAGUGGAGAGGAUACUGCAAAGGAAGGAAAGCAACAUACAGAGAGAGAUAGAGUACUUUGAAAAUAAACACAAAGAAGAAAUGCAGGUAAAGAAGAGACAAUUGGCAGAACAAAUAUCCAAAACAGAAAAAGAAAAAUACUUGAAAACCAAACUAUUCAAGAUGAAGGAGGAGUUCAUUAAGGAGGAGCAGGUCAAGGUCAAGAGAAAACAAGAGAGGAGAAAAGCAGAGGAAACAAAGAGAAAAGGUCUGGACCAAAUUCAACAAAUAGAGUUGGGACAAAGUCCUGCUAAUUCAUUCAAUGCGAAGUGGACGCAAAAUAAAGAAGAGAAGCGAGAGAAAGAGACUCGGGAGAGAGAUCGUAAGGACAAAUUGGAGAAACAAUAUCUAGAAGAACAACAGAAACUAGUUGAGGAGGAAAGUCAACUUAAAAAGCUCAGAGAGGAAUACGAAAAAGAAAGACUGGAAUAUGAAAAGGUGAGGAAAGCAGAUCUAAUUAGAAAAGAACAACUGGAGAAAGAAUUGAGGGAACUUCAAGAAAAAGUAUUGAAAAAUCAGGCAGAUAUCCAGAAAAAACAUAAGGAAGAGGCCAGAAAGCAAGCUGAAGAAUGCAAUGAAUUCCAACUCAGAAACACCGAUGUCUUUGCAGCUCAGGUCGAAAAACAUGACAAGGAAAUGGAAGACCUGAACGAGAAGCAACAGAAACACAAUGACUCGCUAAUACAACAACUAUGCAAAUACAAACCGUAUCAGAGAGAUUUUGAUGGAUUGAAGAAAAAACAAGAACAAGAAAUGAAUGACCUGACUGUGACACUUUGCCCACCAGAAAAUAUGGACAAGGUAAUCCAUGAUAUGAAGACAAAACAUGAAGAAGAAAAAAAUACCUGGAUACGAGAACAUGUCAAAAAGUCCAGAGGUAGGUGUGUCAUUUUGUAAACCCUUUUCCCAAGACCCAACUUCCGUGGCAAAGCAAUGAAGCCAAUGUGGAAGUGCCAAAAACAGAAUGUCCACCAAAAGGUCACCUGAGGCUGGCUUCAAAAGGAUUCAUUCCCAUAGAUCCCCACCACCCUCACCGAUUGCAACAGCUUUGUGUUCAUAUUUUAGGAGGCAGCAGCAAAGUUUCAAACUAUAUACUAUUAUAUACAGUAUAAAGAUUUCAUUUUGAAACUAGUCCACCAGCACUUACAAAGGCUUGGCUUAUUUUAAGCAAAUAUAUCCAUAUUACCUGUUGUUCUACAUGUGUAUCUUUAUAGUUAUCGGCACAAAUUGUAAGUCCCUUUGGAUAAAAGUGUCAGUUAUUAAAAUGUAAAGUCAUUUAAUGUCAUUUUUUUUUUCUCCAGUUACAUAUAUCAAUGUUUUUUAACAAAUGUACAUGUUGUUUGUGGGAUCCAUGUAGAGCUCUUGAAUUCCUGACACCCCUACCUGACCUGUGUGAACCUAGGAUUAGUCACUUUAUUCUUUUAAUAAGUAUUGAUUACUAUAUUCAGUUUAUACUUUUUUACGUGUUUACUAAUUACUUUCUUAAUUGUCAGUGCCACUCUUAAGAUACUUUCGUAGAGUGUUCACUCUUCGUCUGAUGUAAUUUAGAUUCAGAAGAGUAAAGGUCCUUUCACAUAUUUUUCUAUGCUUUUCUGCAAGAUGCUUUUCUAUAACUUCUUCUCUAAGGGGGCAACUAUUUUCUCAUCUUUUGUGACCAUGUCUCGCCUUUUUUGAGACCCUAACCCUAACCCUAACCCUAACCCGGCGCACAAUAACCUUUCAAACCUUAACUAUGUGCCUAUAGUAUGUAAUGCCUCUACCAAAUCAAACACAUAUUCUCUGUAAUUAGAUGCGUAAAGGUAUUUAUGACAUAACUAACUUUAAUGAUGAAUGUAAUUUUUUAUCAACAAUGAGCAGUUAUACAAAUUAAUUGUAUAUCCAGCUUAAGAAGGUACGUAUAUAUAGAUAUGUAUUGUUUUAUAUAGUUUUUCAGUUGUGGUUAUUACUUCAGAAAGUUACUAUUGUAUUAGGUUUGAUUUUGUAAUACACUGCUCAAACUGUAUUGUCUUUUUUUCUUGGUAAUGAAAAUAAACAAUUGAUAAAAUGUG